UACUCACAAGCCUCUUUCUUAGCUUAUAAAUAUAUUAUAAACCCUUUCUCAGUUUUCAUAAUAUAUAUAAUUCUAAUCAGUACUUACAUCAAAUUAAUUACAAAAAAUGAAGGGUAAAUUGAUCAUCCUAUACUUCAUAUUACUCUUCUUGUUAGCCAUCCCUUCACUGCUGGCUGCAGCUCGGAUCAUGCCGAGUGACUCUUCCGAUGGUGGGUCUGGGACGUCUGGGUCAAGUGGGGCUAGUGGGUCAGGUCAUACCCAGAAUUGGGACUAUAGUUGGGGAUGGGGAUCUAGUCCUGAUGGGGGUUAUGGUUAUGGUUCGGGAUCUGGAAGGUCUCCUGGUGGGUCUGCUAAGGGUUACGGGUUUGGGUUUGGUACCGGUUCUGGUUCUGGUUCGGGCUCGGGUUCUGGGUAUGGGUACGGAACGGGAAGUGGUGGGGCUAGUGGUUAUGGAGCUGGAAGCGGCAGCGGAGGUGGUCGUUCGCCCGGAGACCACCAUGGCUAGAUAAUCUGGUCAUUGAUCUAUAUAUCUAUCUAUAUAGAAAGUAGACAUACAUAGAUGAUAAUAAAUAAAAUAGUUAUAAUAUGCAGGUUAAGUUAAUGUGAUGUGUGUCAGUCACGAGGGACUAUAUCGUUUGCUUUUUCUCAUGUAGUAUAUAUAAUAUACAAGUGUAUGGUGAUUAUGGUAAGUGCAAUAUAAGAGAAGAUUGUAUUAUAAUA